UGUCAGCAAUGGAGUUAUGAAACAAAAACUUGCAGAAAAUCCUGGAGCUGUCACCGAUGCCAACAGAAACUUGAUUGACCCGGGAUUGAACAUCAACAAUGACGGUAUCAAUGGUAUGAAUGAUAUGACUGAUGAUGAAUACUAUGAUUCAUUCAGUAAUGCCCAUCAUGAUCUUGAUUAUAACAGCGGAUUACCCCCCCAUAACUCUGCCACCACCAACUGGAAUCGUAGUAUCCAUCAGCUUGUGUUUGGUGCUUUGAAAGUGUUUAUGGACCACAAUGUCAUUUUGUACGACCACUGUACUAUGCUUUACCACCAAUCUUUGGAAGAACAAAGAGUUAGAGAAGCCGCUAGAAAAGACGGUUGGAACAAAAUCGAAGAGUACGUGUCAAAGUUGAAACAGCAAAAGGGUCUGGAUAACUUCACCUCAAGAAAUGGUGAAAAGGUUGCUGGUCAAUAGUUCUAAUGAGGAUAUUAUAUAUGAGCAUUUCUCACAAACUGUUUAGAAAAAUGGAACUACUUCACAAAUUUUUCACCACUCACCACUCUUUUUUUUGCAUUAUCCUAUUAUUGUGUCACCAGUAUGUAUCUGAUAUAUGAUGAUCCUUGCUAGCCGUUGGGACAUGUUCCCGAUGGUCUUGAUGUCUAAUGAAGAAUUACUCAAGAACCGCUACACUGAUAUUUCGAUGCAUAUCAUACUAACAUCCAUACCGAUCCUGAAUACAAAAAUUUCAACUCUAUACGGAUGUAUCUAUAUGUUCCAAUCCUUAGUUCACCCCCAGAUUGUUUGUGGGACAGCUGAAGCUUCGGGCCUGUUUUGACGAUAUGGCCCUAAACUCGGAGUCUCCGACGGAACAGGCUGGCAUUUAUCCUAAAACGUCAUUUUACUCACUCUAUAUGUGCCAACGGGGGUGAAAAUCCACCCGAUCUUGUAGACUUAGCCACGGAGACCCUUUGGAGGCCGAUGGUAACUGUAGCAAGUAUGCGCCGAUAAGCAUGGUGUAGAUACCAUAGGAUGAAAAAUUUUCAAGUGACACAAAACCCGCAUCAUCUCAAUCAGUCCGCGAUGAUGUAUAAAUACAGAGGCACAUCCCAGAAAUUGAGGUUCUCUUUUUUCUUUUCUGGCAAAGGUUGCCCUGAUUUUAUAUCAUAAAGUAGAAAUCGUAACCUCUUUAACUAUCCUAAACAAAAAAAUGACCGUGUUGGACGCAAGCAAAGCUACUGAAUAUUUGAAGGAUUACAAAUCAAAAGAUGGCUUGGACAUCAAAUCUUUGAUUGACUCUGCCAAUUUUGGUGGUUUGACUUACAAUGAUUUUUUGAUUUUGCCAAGGUUGAUUGACUUCCCAGCUUCCAACGUUAACUUGGAAACCAAAUUGACCAAGAAGAUCUCCUUGAAAUCCCCACUUUUGUCUGCUCCUAUGGAUACCGUCACUGAAGAACAAAUGGCUAUUCAUAUGUCAUUGUUGGGUGGUAUUGGUAUUCUUCAUCACAACUGUACUGCUGAUGAUCAAGCUGAAAUGGUCAAGAAGGUCAAGAAGUACGAAAACGGUUUCAUCAACGAUCCAGUGGUUAUUGCUCCAGAAGUUACGGUUGGAGAAGUCAAGAAGUUGAAGGAAGUUUUGGGAUUCACCACUUUCCCAGUUACUGAAAAUGGUCAAGUUGGUGGAAAAUUGGUUGGUAUUAUUACCUCCAGAGAUGUACAAUUCCACGAUGAUGACAAGUCUACUGUCAAGGAAGUUAUGACCAAGGCUGCUGACUUGAUCACAGGAAAGAAGGGUAUUAAGUUGGACGAAGGUAAUGCUUUGUUGAGAAAGUCUAAGAAGGGUAAGUUGCCAAUUGUUGAUGAAGAAGGUAACUUUGUAUCUUUGAUCUCUUUGACCGAUUUGCAAAAAAACCAGUCUUACCCAUUGGCUUCUAAAUCUUACCACUCCAAGCAAUUGUUGUGUGGUGCUUCUAUUGGUACUCUUCAAGCCGACAGAGAAAGAUUGGCCAAGUUGGUUGAUGCUGGUGUCGAUGUUGUCGUUAUUGACUCUUCCAACGGUUCUUCUCUUUUCCAAAUUGAGAUGUUGAAGUACAUCAAGGAAACUUACCCUGAAUUACAAGUUGUUGCUGGUAAUGUUGUUACCAGAGAACAAGCCGCUUUGUUGAUUGAAGCUGGUGCCGAUGCCUUGAAGAUUGGUAUGGGUUCUGGUUCUAUUUGUAUCACCCAAGAAGUUAUGGCUUGUGGUAGACCUCAAGGUACUGCUGUUUAUGCUGUCAGUGAAUUCGCCAACAAAUUUGGUAUUCCAACUAUUGCUGAUGGUGGUAUUGGAAACAUUGGUCACAUUUCCAAGGCUUUGGCUUUGGGUGCUUCAUGUGUUAUGAUGGGAGGUUUGUUAGCUGGUACCUCCGAAACUCCUGGGGAAUACUUCUACAGGGAUGGAAAGAGAUUGAAGUCUUACAGAGGUAUGGGAUCUAUUGCUGCUAUGCAACAAACUUCUUCCAAUGCCAAUGCUUCGACUUCUCGUUACUUCUCCGAAGCCGACAAGGUUUUGGUUGCUCAAGGUGUCUCUGGUUCUGUGGUUGAUAAGGGAUCUAUUUCCAAGUUCAUUCCUUACUUGUACAAUGGAUUACAACACUCUUUACAAGACAUUGGUAUUCAAUCCAUUGGUGAGUUAAGAGAAAAAGUUUACGAAGGGGAAGUUAGAUUCGAAUUCAGAACUGCUUCUGCUCAAUUGGAAGGUGGUGUCCAUGGAUUGCACUCUUACGAAAAGACUUUGCAUAACUAAUUUAGUUAUUGUCCCAACUUGUUCUAAAAUAAAAACUGAUGCGCAUUUGUAAAUUUU